AUGAGUGUUCUUAAGGCAUUGAACACUUAUGACAACUUCUUUGCCCCGGACAACCGAGCCAAUCUGGGCGAUCCUUCGUUUAUUGAAGGGAUGGGCCAAUACCAAGAAGACAUGCUGAAGCAGUCCACUACUAUAGAUGUAAUCCGUGGGAAGAUCUCGGAUUUCCACACUCUCAACGUGUCUGCAUAUGACCCAGAAGGGAUUGAAAGUCUUGAUACACUUCUCCAUCCCCGGCUCUUCAAACGCCUUUGGAUAUAUUCCCUCGCCGUCCAACUACAUCCGACCUGGAAAUCGACCACUCUCACACCCACAAUUGUGACCCACUCUGAUGGGAGCUAUUCUUCAUCACAGGAGCAGCGGGAGGAAGCCGAAUUGUUACAACUACCAUCCAGAAUGUUAUCCACGCGGUGGAUGAAGAACUUUCUGCGUCUGAGGCCCUUGCUCGUCCUCACCUUCAUGAUCAACCUGGUGCCAAAUCAAGUUCUUUUCGAGUAUAAUUAUGACAAUUCCACUGUCGAGUACAUGAAGCAACGCGGGCACAAUGUGACCUGGAGUGAGGCCCAGAUCAUCCGUGUGCUACAAAAUGGGACUUUCGAGGCGGCUGGGGAGCCCAGACAGUCGGACUCUGGUGGCUUUGCGAUAUAA